CACGUUAGAUUAACAUAAUAUACACUAUAAAUUAUUUAUAUUUUCUAAUAAUUCAUUGCCCUUACGUCAUUGUUUUACUUUGACGCAGUUUUAUUUCAGAAACAAUAAUCUAAAACAAUAUAAUAUAAUAUAAUACAAAAUCUUUAGGUUAAUAGAAUAGGUUCGCUGCUAAUCUACAGUACCUGGUUAGCUAGCUAGCUAGCUCGCUUAGCAACCGGAGAGCAGUACAGUGCUAACGGUGAGACUGGUGACUAGCACGCUAGCUAGCCCUGAGCUAUUCAUGUUUUGCAUGUAAAAAAACAGGACUAAGACAGCGGGGAGAUUUCCACAUCGAAGACCAAGAGGUUCUGAUUCAACAAGGAGCUUCAGGAAGCUCUGGAUGCGUGGGUGAUGCUGAUCAUGCCAGUGUCUCGUCACCACCCCGGCGCUCCCGUUUCGACCCUGUGAGUGGCUCUGCGAUGCAGCCAUGAGCUCGGUGCUGUGGAGUCAGGAGAAGGGGGCGGGCAGCCCGCGGGACGACUGGCGCUUCUUCAUGCUGCUGAAGGAGUGCGUGGUGGAGAAGGCGGCGCAGAAGGUGGUGCGCGUGCCGCGUGGCAGUCUGGGUCAAGUCUGCCCCGAGCGCACGACCCUGGGCCGCCCGCUGCCUCCCACCAAGGGCAAGCGCAGCCUGCGGAUUCUGGAUCAGAGCAACGUGGUGGCGAGCGUGGAUGAGCGCGACGCGCUGGAGCUGGACGAGGCUCUGGCUGAGCUGCUGUUUCCCAUCACUAACUGCGAGGAACGCUACGGGCUGCUGAGGGACACGUCGCGUCUCCAGCGGGCUCGCUCCAUCCGCUGUGGCUCCAGGGUGCGAGUGCAGCUGCGCUCGGGAGACUCGCCCCUACCUGGCGUCGUCAGGUUCAAAGGAGCUCUGCUGCCCGACCGCGCUCUGUCCGGGAUCUGGUUCGGUGUCGAGCUGUUGGAGGAGGGGCGUGGUCAGGGUUUUACUGAGGGUUCGUAUCAGGGCCAGCAGCUGUUCCGCUGUGAGGACGAGUGUGGCGUCUUCGUGGCUCUCGAUAAACUGGAGCUUUGGGAGGACGAGGAGCUGGAGGUGGAUCACCUGAGCCUAGUGGACAACGAGCCAGACGUAGAGGAGGAUUUCCUGGCCCUGGAGCUCAACUCCCGAGUCGUGGUGCAAACACGCGAAGGCCCCGAGCGCGGCACAGUCAUCUUCUGUGACCUUUUACCCGGCAACGAGACCCUCGGCUAUUACGUCGGGGUGGAUAUGGACAAUCCCAUCGGAGACUGGGACGGCGUGUUCGACGGGAAACAGCUGUGUAAUUUCGCCAGCCUCGAGCACACCCGUCUCGUGCCCAUCUGUGAUGUCAUGCCAGAGUACUCCAUGCAGGACCCACGGCUGCCCAAGGCCAGCUUUACUCCCAGAGGGAGCAGUGAGAAGUCUGGAAGUCAGAGCAAACCAAAGAGCAAAGGGUUAGGUCUGCAGGCUGCCAACAGAAGCAAGUCAGAGUUUUAUUAUACGCUAAACGGCAGCUCUGUCGAUCACCCGAGCCAGUCCAAAUCCAAAAGCACGUGGUACAUAGACGAAGUCGGUGAAGACCCAGCCAAGUCACUGACAGAAACGCCCCCCGACUUUAACCAGGCCUCUCCGCCUCCCCGAGCCCCGCCCACCGCCCCUUCGUUAUCCAGCGACAAUAAGUUCCACUCGCUGCCCUUUAGCCUGAGUCGCAAGAGCGGCCCCAAUGGGAGCAUGAGCCAUGGGCCGCUCUCGCUGUCCGUCCAGUCCGUGAUGGGAGAACAGCAGGAGGCUCCGCCCCCACCGACAGCUCCUUCUCCGAGGCCACCAUCGCCCCCUAAAGCGCAGCCUGGGUUAGAGGUGGGGUCACUGGUAGAGGUGAAGGAGAACCCACCCCUGUGUGGGGUGAUACGCUGGGUGGGCCUGCCACCUGGACUAACGGAACCUCUCGCAGGAUUGGAACUGGAAGAGGAGUGUGUAGGAUGCACUGACGGUACUUUUAAAGGCACACGCUACUUUACCUGUCCUCCAAAGAAAGCUUUGUUUGUGAAACUGAAAUGUUGCCGACCAGAUUCUCGUUUCCCUUCACAACAUCACUCGCCCAAUCCCAUCGAACGCUGCAAUUCUAUAGCGUUCGGUGGUUACCUGAGUGAGGUGGUGAAUGAAAACACUCCUCCUCGUUCAGAGACCGAUGGCCUGGAUGUGAUGGUCGGGAAGAAGAAAGGCAUUCAGGGCCACUACAACUCCUGUUACUUGGAUUCAACACUCUUCUGUCUCUUCUCGUUCAGCUCAGUGUUAGACACUGUGUUACUGAGGCCAAAGUCUAAGACUGAUGUGGAGUAUUAUCUGGAGACACAGGAGCUGUUACGCACUGAGAUAGUCAACCCACUGCGGAUUCACGGUUAUGUCUGCGCAACUAAGAUCAUGAAACUGAGGAGAAUCCUAGAGAAGGUGGAGGCUGCGUCAGGAUUCACGUCGGAAGAGAAAGAUCCUGAAGAGUUUCUCAAUAUCCUGUUUCACCACAUCCUGAGGGUCGACCCUCUGCUGAAGUUACGCUCUGCUGGGCAAAAAGUUCAGGACUGUUACUUCUACCAGAUCUUCAUGGAUAAGAAGGAUAAAGUGCUGGUGCCGACGAGCCAACAGCUGCUGGAGUGGUCCUUCAUCAACAGUGACCUCAAGUUUGCUGAGGCUCCCUCAUGUCUCAUCAUCCAGAUGCCUCGUUUUGGGAAAGACUUUAAGAUGUAUAAUAAGAUUUUUCCGUCUCUGGAGCUCGACAUCACAGACCUUCUGGAAGACACACCCAGAGAGUGUCGUAUCUGCGGUGGUUUAGCUCUCUACGAGUGCAGGGAGUGUUAUGAAGAUUCUGACAUCACAGCAGGAAAGAUUAAGCAGUUCUGUGAAAAGUGCAAUACACAGGUGCACCUGCACCCACGGCGUAAGAAUCAUCGUUACAGUAAACUCUCGUUACCUAAAGAGCUGCAGGAGGGCACGUGGAGACAGGCGUCGUUUCCCCGCCAGCAGAUGGAGCUGUUCGCCGUGCUCUGCAUCGAGACCAGCCACUAUGUGGCCUUCGUUAAGUACGGAACAGCCCCGUCCUCCUGGCUCUUCUUCGACAGCAUGGCGGACCGAGACGGUGGGCAGAACGGUUUUAACAUCCCGCAGGUGUCCCCGUGUCCAGAAGUGGGAGCAUACCUGAAAAUGACCCCCGAAGAGCUUCACGCCCUCGACCCGAAAAACAUCCAGGGCUACGCGCGCCGCCUGCUCUGCGACGCUUACAUGUGCAUGUACCAGAGCCCCACCAUGAGCCUGUACAAAUAGAAAGAAAAGACGAAAGAGGAAACACAAAAACAAGCGUAGAAGGACAGCGAAAAGGAACUGCUGUAACAAAUACUGAUCCGAGACGUUACCACAUGUGGCGUACUUGUUCUUAAUAAACCCGUCUAUAAAACACAUCGGACGCACGGUCGAGUCGAGGUUAUGAUCUGUAGUGUCUCCGUUUUCAGCCUCUGUAUUUUGCUGUGACGUUCGUGUCUUGUGUUUUUGACCUACAGUGUAAAAAUUAUCCGAAAAGAUGGAAGAUUGUUGUUCCUAAAGCACACUUUCUUUUUUUUUUCUUUUUAUAUUUUUUUUUAUUCACGAUUUACCUUCAAGCUUUGCAUAUUCUACGAUAAUUCAGGCAGCAGUAUUGGCUGUUCCUGGUAGUGGUGUCAGCUAUACCUGUUAUAUCACCAGCUAACAGUUUAUCAGUAUACAUCCCGCAAUAUUUUCCCACUCCAGAGGUGAUUAUUUUCCAGCAGCAGCAGUGUUUUAGCUCUCUUACACUGUAGCAAGAUGGCUGUAAUUAUAAUUUUCACUUUGUCAUACAUUUUAUCAUUUUACAGUUUGGGAUGUGUGUCUCAUACACACAGCAAUAAAAUGACUUCUGUGAAUUUGAAAGUUUCUUGAAUAUAGUCCAAUUAAUCUGGUAUUUCUUGUUAUAAGAUUACAAUAAUAAAUCGAAUGCAGGAUAUUUUUUUUAUUUAAAAAUUAAGUUUAAAAUAAAUUUUCUUAUACCACAGAAAAAGAAACAAGUCAAUCUCUCAAUAGAAUAAGAACAUCUAAAGCUUGAAUUCAGUGAAAAAGAAAAAUCUUUAAAUAAGUUUACUAAUCUUAUAUUGGUUAUGUUGUAAGUUUAUAAUAGUAUCAUAUAAAAUCUAGAUUGAUGACUAGACGUAAGAUAUUUUUACUUGGUUAUAUAUAGUUAUGUUUAAAAUUCCCAACCUAUAAAAUUGUAAAAAAUUAUGCUUUAACCAAUAUAAGACUAUUUAACCUAUUUCUAAACGUAUUUGCUAAUUCCAAUCUUAGAACUUUGGUCUGUUUCUGUUGUGUUAGCAGAUGCUUUUGUUUCUUCCUGGAGAUUAAAUGCUUGAAAUUACCAUUAGGUGUAACAUUGAUAAAAUUGUAUUAUAAUUACUCUAAUGAAGAGAAAUAUUAUUUAUUGAUUAGAUUAUUUGUGCUGUGUGGCUUUAUCUCUACGUGUUAUACAGCAACAAUAUCGUAAUGAUACGAAAAUAAAAUAUCUUGAAUGUAGAAAAAUAUAAACAACCAAUAUUUUUACUUUAUUACACCAUGGAAAAAACAAAACAAAAAAAUCCAAAAAUAUUGCACUUUUCGUCCAUAACUGGAAAUAACUGUACAUUUAUUUAUUUUAUUUAUUUGUUUAUGUUUUUAGAACAAAAAAUAUCCAAAGUAAUUUUUUUUUAUGUUUAGAUUUCUUAUUUUUUUGGUUUGCCAUAUUUUUGUUAUUUAUUAUUAUAAUAUUUCAAGCUGAACUGUAAUAAAUUCAAAAUUGCCUAGUCUGCUAAUUUAAAGUAAAAGCAAAUUAAAACCAAAUUAAUGACAAUUUAACAUUAAUAAUCUCAUAAUAACUCAACAUUAGCUUAAUUUUUUUUCCCUUUUUACUUGCUAAGAUAUCUUGGGUAUAUUUGUUCAGUGUACAAAGCCACUGACACUGGAGACUCCUUCCAGUAAAAAAAAAUCUUUAAACGCCUCAUAACAAAAUUUAACUAUAAUAACGCUUAUAUGACUUUCAAAAAUAUUAAUUGACACUGGAGCUAGAGUCAGGCUGCUGGUUAUGGAAAAUAAUCACCAACCAGGUUGGAGAACUCAGCGACGCCGUUGUCUCUGUGCACUCACAUAAUGCAAAAUUUCCAAGGGUAAUGUGUGAGCAGCCAGUGCAUCUGCUGCGUGUUUGUAUGUUCCAGUCUGUGUUCUCCUUCACUUCCGCUCGUAGUGUGCCGGGGUCUUGUAGUAAGAAAGUUUUUUUUUUUUUCUUCUUCUUUUUUUUUUCUACUGAGCAAAUCAUAAUCAGCAUUGUAGCAGGUGUAGCAGUGUAUACACCACUAACCAACCUCGUUUUUGCGACGUCCUAAUGCUAAAUUUGGAAUAUUGGUUAUCCCAGGGUUUGCUAUUGUUACAGUAUGGACAAACAGUUAUAAGUGUCUGAUUCUCACUAAUUUUUAUACAGAAAAUAUGUUGAGGAAUUCUGUACUGACUGUUUAUUUGAGUCUGAUUCUCAUUCCUGUCAGAGUUGGAUAUCGUUGAUGUAGAAUUGCAUCCUAGAUCAAUCCUGCUGAUCUCAUGAUUUUUUUUAUUUAUAAAUGUUAUUUUUUUUUAAGAAAAGAUAAAAUUUUCUUUUUAAAUUCAGGUUGUUUCACAUGAAAUAAGUGCAAAACUGUGUCUACAGACUCCCGUGACGGUUGCACAGAUGAUGAUGUUGAACUGUAAAGGCUUUUGAUGGUGCUUCAGUGUUGUACAGCCGGAAUAUGCCGUGUCUGGUGUACCCUGGUUUCCUUUAUUUGUGCGCUUCUUAUGAAUGUUAACUAAAUUAAAACACCUUUUACAA